AUGCUGAAGCAACCUCCGGGUUACAGCGAAACGAUAGCAUAUCAUGCACAACAAAAUCUUGAACUUCCUUAUCAUCGGCCGAGUCCAAAUCCAAACACCAAACCCAGAUGGAUUACCGUUGCUGGUAUGAACCCUUCCGGAGCUGGCGUUUCCUGUCAGCUUGAAACUUCCGUUCAUCUUACUCACUCUGAACCGAAAAUUCACUAUAAGGCUUAUACCAGAUCCGGAUCACCGUUAAUGUCCUCACCCACCACUUCAUAUCAAGUGCCGAUUGCUGGUCCUUCUCGUUUGUCACCUCCCUAUCCUAUUCCACAAAGCGGAACGAACGGCUGCCUUUACCAGAAGCGUUACGGACAACGUCUACCACAUGCCAGUGCUGUCCGUGCUAUCAGUCGCGUACAAAGCAUGCCGGCACAUAAUUCGCAACAAUAUCUUGUGGACGAAGAGCCCUCGCCUCAAUUUCCAAUCGAAUCUCCUGUAAAGGAUUCGCAGUCAUCACCCGGAGCACGAUUUCCUGUGUAUUCGAAACAGCCGCCUCCUUACGAGCAUGCAGUCCUACAGCAAGCACGGGCGCGGUAUGCCCAGAGCGUAGCAGGGAUGUGCGCGUCUCAUGCUCUUGGUAUACCAAAAGACGUAAUUUCCAGUUCACGCGAGCAGGAGGAGGAAAUGGCACUGAAUAAUCGUUCGUGCGGGCAACUAGCGUCUAAAUCAAGUUCAAACUCUUCGAUACCGCAGUUUGCGAUGCCAUCUACAUCAAACCCGCUCUUGUCCUCAGUGGAUGCAGUCGUUGACCGUUACGACUCACUGAAGACACGACUUCAGCGCCCAUCAUCAUGUCAGGAACUGUCAUCAACAGUGCUGGUAUCAAGUCCACCUCAUUCUGCUCCAAUCACUUACAGUUCGCCAACAACGUAUGCCUCUCCUUCGACUACCGGUCGAUCAUCAGCCUAUCUUCACGAACCGUAUGUAAUGGAACAUGCGCGACCACCAUCUUGUUGUUAUUACUCACCAUAUGCGGCUGGUCGAAAUCACAUCAGGGCAGGGCGACCAAUACGCGACAGUGAGAAGACGCAAAAAUCUGGAUACACUUGCCCUCUGAUAGCCGUAAGCGAGGAGCGCAUGCUUCUCUGA